UCCUCGUCAUCAUUGCCAUCAUCUCCCACAUCGUCCGUAUCCGUCUCGUCUUCUUCGAAUACUUCCCAUACUUCGAAAACCUUGGAUACAUCAUAUACUUCGGAUUCUUCGGAUACCUCGGAUGUUUCUGAUACUUUGAAUAAGUCGAAUACCUCGAAUGUACCAAAAGUCGUGGAAGGCAAGAAUACCAUGAUUGCAAGCAAUGACAACCAAUCCAUGGACUUCACGGUUAUCAUGGAUGAUAGCGGCACCAAGGGUAUCCCUGGCAUACUCAAAAAAUGUGGUUCCUCGAAGAAAACCAAUGUUAAGAAAGUUAGGUUUAUGGAGGAAAACAGUGUUAUCAGUUUCGACAAAGAUGCCUGUACUGCAAGUGUUGGCAGGAAUGUCAAGCCUAUCGCGGAUAUCAAGGAUGCUGGGAGUGCUAAGGAUAACCCUGGCAAUCCCAAAAAAUUUGGGGUCACCCAAAGGGGCAAGUAUGUCAAGAAAGUCAAGCCCACGGAGGAAGACAAGGCUCUCGAAUUGCAAAAGGAUGCCAAAGGUGCUCGCUCUGCCAGGAAUGUCAAGAAUGUGGCAGAACCUAAAAAUGCUAGAGGCGCCAAGCAGAAACCUGGGAUCAAGAAUAAAGUCGAAAAGGUCAAGUCCCCUGACAACAAAGCCAGGGAUGCCAAAAAUGUCAAGAAUGUCGCGAAAGAAGGCGAGGUUCUCAAAGAUGACGAUUAUGCGGAGUAUUUCAAGGAUGUCAACUUUGACGAAGAGGUAAGCGAUUCCCAGAACACCGAAGACUCCGGGAAUUUCGAUGAAGCUGAGAAUCCUGACGAUCCAUUCGGUUUGAAGGCCUCGUUGGCUAUGGGCUUAUUUGCUUCGGAUGCCUCCGAUAACUCGGAUGACUCAUCUCACUCUGAUACUUCAGAAUCCUCUCAGCCUUCCAAAGCUUGCAAGCGCAUUAGGGCUCAGAAUAAGAAAUCCACGAAAUCGGAUUCAUCAUCAAAUGUAAAGAACAAGGAUCUACCAGACUUAAUCGAUAAACAUUUGAAAUUGACAAGUAAAAAGGAAGCUGUUGAGGCCAAAAGUAAUCGCAAACCACCGGCAUCACCGAAGAGCUCCAAGAGCUCCAUAAAAUCAAGCCCUGAGAAGUGUCCUAGGAAAAGAAAAGUUAAGACGAUAAAGAUGGCGGAAGCCAUAUUGAUACCCCAAAGGUUGAGGUACCCAAAGCAGUUCCUGCUGCACCUCAAGAAAAAAUUAUGUGCUACGUUCCUGCUUCUGUUUUUCAGAGAAAAAAAGUUACACGCAAUACAAAACUGACUGUCAAGGCAGUAGACAAAAUUAUGAAUUCUUAUACUCCC